AUCGUGCAGCGGGGAGUGUGUGUGUGUGUGUGUGUGUGUAGCCAGGAGCUUGAUUGUGUAGCGGGGAGUGUGUGUUUAGCCAGGGGCUUGAUUGUGUAGCGGGGAGUGUGUGUGUAGCCAGGGGCUGGACCGUGCACACACACACACACACAGGCUCAGAAGCUGCCCCGGGAGGAGGGAGCCGGCGCUGCAUCCCCGGGACAAUGCCCGAUCUCCUCAGCCUGCUGCUGGCCGCGCUGUGCCUUUUCCUGGCCGGGUGGCUGCUGCGGAGCCAGCGCUGUCCCGCGGCCGGGCCGGGCGGCAGCUGCAGCCGCUACUCGGUGCCGGGGAGCUGCUUCCCGCUGAAGAAAUGGGCCAUGUGGGGGCUUCUCUCCUUCGCGUUCCGCCGGCGCCGGAGAGAGCGCGGCAGCGCCGCCGCCCGGUUGGAGCGGAGGGACACAGGAGCCGGCACGGAGGCGGUAUUCUCGGCUACCCCGGGCGGGCAGCCCGGCCGUGGGGCGGAGGAGCUGGAGCGGCUGCAGGGACUGGCCUGCGAUGCCCAUGCCCUGGAUUCAGUUUACUUCACUGGGUUUGCAGAAACCGACAAGACUUUUGUGAUCACACGUCUCGGCAGACGUCCGAAUGGGCUCUGCGAAAUGUGGCUCUUUCUCCGCGUGGACGGAAUUGGAGAGUUUGAACACCCAGUACAUCCGGACAUGAUGGUGAGUGAUGAAUCUGAAAAAUGCUGGCAUGGCAGCGGGCUGAUGAUUGAGUGCUUAGAGCCAUACAGACGCUGGAAAAUAAAAUUCAAUGGACGACUCAGAAAAGGACCGUAUCGGCAUCAGUGGAAUGAAGAGGAGGGCGAACUUGUCCACGUUAAAUUCUCUUUCCACUGGACUUCCUUUUCAGAUAUAUUCGACUUUAACCUUGACAGUCACCCUAAAGUGUUUGCACAUGCCUUUGCUUUGGAAAAGUGGAGUGCAGAGUUCUUCCGGAGAGUCAAAGAAGAUGGGGAAAAACAUUCUCGUUAUGAACAAUGGGGCCAGUCUAUAGGAGAAAUUGAAAUUGAAGGUCAUGGGAAGAAAGAGGUCUCUCUGAGAGGUGUUCGGAGCCACUCUUAUGGCAUCCGAAACUGGGCUGAGAUUUACCGAUAUGUCAUGAUUUUGAUGCAUUGUGAGGAUGGGACGUCAGCACACUUAACUAUUGUUUGUGUACCAGCAACUACAACACAUCUCACUGUAGGUUAUGUUCUUUUCCCCGAUGGGAAGAAGGCUGGCAUUGACUGGUCCAAUGGCUCACUGGCUGAAAUGGCGGAUGAUGGUAUUAUCAGAGAUUUAUACCAAGUCAGUUUCACUGCAGGUGGCCAGUGCUUUGAGGUUUGUGCUAGACUCGACAAGCAGGCACGUCCUGUAGUAUAUAAUGGUUUAACCGGAACAGGAGUAUUCCAUGAGUGCAUUGCUGAUUUCCAACUGAAUCGGACAGUCCCAGGCUGGGGCUUGGUUGAAUUUUAUUACAGAGAUGCAACUGGGCAGCUUAUUCCUAAUUCUGGCUCUAGGUUGAAGGAGCCAUCCGUUCCUGCCAGCUCCCAAUUCACUGACGAGCACUUUCAAUGCACCAGGGACAUGGGGGACAAAGGAGCCCAGCUAGAUCAGCUCACGUAGUUACGGAAGCAGCUCAGGAACAAGGUGGACCCCAUCUCUGCUUAGCAGUCCUUCUUCCUGGAACAGCAUCCCAUGGUCAAGGAAGCCGAAGCUCUCCUGGUGACACCAUCCUCGCAGCCAGGCAUUCAUCUCCAGGAUGCAUCUGUCUCUGCCUGGGCCCCAACCCUUGACCAGAAGGACUGAAGAGAACACCACCUGCACUCCAAACUCCUUCACCCUUACUUCCAGAGCCCUGUAGUCACUUCUGAUCUGCUGAGGGUCAUACCUCGCAGUAUCAUUAGUGCCCACAUGGAUGAGUUGCAUGGGGUAGUAGUCGGAGGACCAGCUGAUCCUUGACAAUCCCUCUGACAAUCUCCUUGAUUUCUUUAUCCCUAGAAGUCACUACAAAAUGGGCACAGAACAUUUUGUGGUAAACUACCCAGAUUUGUUAGUCUGUCUACAAUUGUACCAGAAGCAGAACCAGAAAAAGUAAAAGACUAUGACAGCACUUCAAACCUACAACGCUAAGUGCAAAUAUUAAAUAGUCAUACCAAUAUUUCUAGUACAAAGUUUAUGGUUUAUAUCUAAGAAUACAAAAAUCUCUUAGAAAAAAUCUGCAUUCUAUUCACAGCACUGAAUGGUUAUAAUCAGGGCCGGCUUUAGGCCGAUUCAGCCGAUUCGGCUGAAUUGGGCCCCACGCCAAGAGGGCCCCGCGCUGCAGCUCUCCACCCCGCCCCCAGCUCACUUCCCCCUCCUCCCCUACCUUGAACGCUCCGCCCCCUCCCCUGCUUCCCGCGAAUCAGAGAUUCGCGGGAAGUCUGAAAAGAAGCAGGGGCGGGCUGGCAGCACAAGGUAAGCUGGGGUGGUGGGGGCGCGAGAAGGGCUCCGGGAGGGAGGCGCGGCCCGUUCCCGCAGGCCCCAGCGGCUCUGGCCCGGCUUGGCUCCAGCCUGGCCCCGGCGGCGCGGCCCGGGUCUGGCCCGGCGCGGCCCCCGCGGCGCAGCUCGGGUCCCCCCCCUGCCUGGCCCUGUCCCCGCGGCGCGGCUCGGGUCGGCUCCAGCCCGGCCCGGUCCCCGCGGCGCAGCUUGGGUCCCCCAUCCCCCCCGCGGCGCGGCUCGGGUCCCCCGUCCCCCCCGUGGCGCGGCUCGAUUCCUGGGGGCGGGGCUUGCACCAAGCCCCGCCCCCAGGAAUCGGGCCCCGCUCUUGCUAAAGCCGGCCCUGGUUAUAAUAUGCCAUAAAACAGUAGAAAUGCAGUGUUAUUUAUUAGUAUAAUUCUUGUGAAAGAUCCUGGACUGACAGCCCUAUAGAGUGAAGUCCCAUGUAUCUGCAGAACAGAUGCACGGUGCAGCUGCAGUUUAAGUCUUGUCAAUGUAUCUUAACACCAGUUUAGGUGGGAGUGCCACCUAUAGGGUUAAGAGGGUAGUACAGCCUCCUGAAUAUUCAUUUUUAGUUUCUAUGCUCAGAAUGCCAGCUAGGAGACUAUAGGCCUGGUCUACACUGGGGAGAGGGAGGGGCUGUGUCGAUGUAAGAAACACAACUUCAGCUAUGGGAAUACCCUAGCAGAAGUUGAGAUAUCUUAUACCAACUUACCUCCCAUCCUCACGGCGCGGGAUCGACGGCUGCGGCUCCCCCAUCGACUCCGCUACCGCCGCUCGCUCCGGUGGAGUUCCGGAGUCAACAGGGAGCAUGUUCAGGGAUCGAUAUAUCACGUCUUAACGAGAUGCGAUAUAUCAAUCCCCGAUAAAUCGAUCACUACCCGUCGAUACGGCGGGUAGUCUGCACAUACCCUUAGAGCCAAAGAUGAUGGUUUUUUUCUGAUAUGGAUACCUGUCCAUUAGAAACCAAGCUGAGAUCACCGCACAGAUAAGCAAUCCCUUUGAAAUAGGUCACCAACACUACAUCAGGUGGUAAAGUGUGUGGCCCAGACUAGUUAUGUCAACUGCUAAAAAGCUUUGUAGCCCAUCACCAAAUUCUCAAAUUAUCUAGUUUCCCCAGGAAUAAAGUUCUCUUGUAACGUUUGCCUGUUUCAUUAGAGGGGCUUAAGUGCCUGUGUAGAAAUCCAUUGAUAGUAAAUUUGGCAACUUUUAUAUAAGGGAAAUUUAUUUUUCAUUAUGCUUGGCUAGUUGUAACAGUCAAUUUUUAAAAAUAAUUAUCCGUCCAUGUACUUUUAAGAAUAGAUUACUUAACAGUUAGUGUAAGUAUUCGGCAGCCAAGGCAAAAGCAUUGUAUUUUAAAACCUGCACACUUUGGCAAAUAGACAAUUGUUUAGUAAAUGGCUUUGGGGGGGGAGUAAGGGGGAAAGUACAAUACAUUUGCUACUGUGAGCUGUGAAUACAUUGUACAUUAUUUAAGUAUAUAUUAUUGUGCACUGUCUAUCACAUACUUAGAAAUAUGUUAGCUCUUUAUAAUUCAUUGUUGGACAACUUUUAAAAUCAGUUACUUUUUAGAAGAUUAUAAACCACGGAAAUUCUUUAUUUAUCAAUCAAAACCUGGCUAAACAAAGACACAGACAUGAAUCAAAGUUUUGAGAUUGGGUAACAUUUAGAACUUGGAACCUUUCCACUCUGAUCUUGAAUGAGUAAAUCAUUGUAGUAAAUGCUAGUUAGAAAGGCUUUAGCCAUUAAAAACAAAAAGAUCUCUAAGCGGGAAAAACCAUAAUGCACAGUUUGCUCUUGUUUAAACAUUUGUGUGGAACAAACCAUUCCUGGCGUCUGUCUGAUAUCUUAGGUUUCAGAGUGAUAUCUUAGUUAAUCAUGCAAUACCUGUUUUGCAACAAAGUUUGAUCUCCCCUUUUUUUCCAAUCAUUGGCUUAAUAAUAUACACAUAACACUGAUUCUGAACCCUGAGUCUUAAUGCCCUUUGUGUUCAAAAUUCCUCACUCUCAGCCAUUACAGGCUAUUACGCCUAGGGGAACUCAGCGCAUCCGCGGACGCGCAAAUUAAUCUGUCUCGCAUAAUUUUGUAUUUUCCUGCAUAAAAAACAUUUUGCCUAAGUGCUGCAGUUUCGCGACUUGCCCACCAGAGGCCGCUGUAGGGCCAGAACAGCCAGCGGCGUUCAUGCCGACUGUUCUAGCGCCACAGCGGCCUCUGGUGGGAAAAAGCUGGAACUGCAGCACUUAGGCAAAAUGUACAGUAUUUUAUUCGGGAAAAUACAAAAUUCUGUGCCCAGGGCUGCAGAAUUCCCCCUGCAGGAGUAGAGCUCAUCACAGCACCCUGCCCGCUGAGCCAGAUUAAGAUAAGGAGGGGGAAAACAGGGCUGCUGGGGGGGUGGUGUCACACAGAAUGGCUAGUGGGGAGACAGACUGGAGCAUUGGCGCAGGAGCUAGUGGGGUGACAGCGUUGAGCUUGGGGAUAUGGGAGGGCGGCUGCAGAGACGUGUGGGGAUGAAGGGUGCGGGGACAGGGGGCAGACGUGCCUGACUGAAUGGGAGAGACUUGGGGUCAGCCAGUGUCUGCAUGGGGGAGGCUUCUCAUCACCCUAAUAAUCCCCCCCCAAAAGAAAAACCUCCCUCCCACACCCAACACCCUCCAAGUUCACUCGUAGGCUCCUUUCCUCUCCCUCAGCUCCUGCGUUACCCCUGACUCCCCCAAGCAUUCACACUGCUUCUGACAGGUGCAGGAAAUACAGUUCUCCCCCUCCUCUCCACUCCGAUUGCAAGACGUGCCAGAACCUCACUUCUCUGAUGGUUAGAAACCUUCUUCUAAUUUCCAGUGUGGAUUUAUUCAGGGCCAGUUUAUAGCCAUUUGUUUUUUCCGCCAACGUUGUCCUUAAGUUUAAAUAGUUCUUCUCCUGCUGGGGUGUUUAUCCCCCUAUGUACUGAUAGAUUGAUGUAUUGUAAUUUAAAUGAAUUGCACAAAGUUCUGUAUUAAUAUGCCUAGUAAGGAAUCUAUUUGUCAAAAAAAAAAAAAUUACCAGAAUAUUUUUUGGGGGGUCUGUAUUGUUACAGACAUACUUGCUGACAUAUUUUGAAAUAAAUUAGCAAAAUAAUUGAAACUGGCAUGAUUAUAUUGUGUAUUUUUGACAAAUAAAAUAUGCAGAAUUUUGCUGAAUUUUCAAAUAUUGUGUGCAGAAU